ACGAGCGACAUUCGCUUGUCUCAACUCCUUGGAGAAGCAGUUCGCCCGCGAACGGCAUCGUUCGAGUAACGCCAGGAAACGAGUCUCCGAAAUUAGGAAAAUUCUUGUGACCGGAGAUAGAAAUCCGGCAGUAAUUUUUCCCGUGGUGGUUUUUCUUGGAUGUGAUAAAAUACGUGACAUUUGUUCAACGCGGGUCAAAAUUUUUUCUUUUUAUCACACUUACGUACGAAAUUCGCACGGAGAUUUUGAGAAUGUCGGUUGAUUAUCAACGCAGAGAAGUGUUUCUAAAUGAAAUUGAAUGAAGAACUUUGUGUCAAGUUUUUCAGCUUGAAAUUAAUAUUUAUAUUCUACGAUUUAUUAAAUAGUCAUUAUUCAAUACGCUACAGUCGAUUGUUUGAUUGAACGAUUUGUGCUCACGGUGAAGUGGGAAAUUAUCUUCUCAGUAAAACUUUACAACUCAACUAGGGAAUUUUUCCGCAAUGUCGUGGGUGCCGCCGAACUUGGCGCAGCUCUGCGAGCCGCACACAACAGUGUCGACGUGUCAGCCAGCGACUUACAUGUUCUUGGCGCUAGUGGUGCGGCUGUUUGGCCAGACGAAGGAUAAUCGCUUCAACCACUUACACGGGCCAUCAUUGUACUUUUCGCCGCUGCUCGAUAGUCGCGGAGAGCAGCGCAGUACGCAUUCGGCGGAUUUCAGCAUCAACGAUGGAGGAAUGACCAAGGCAGAGAGCCGCGCGAAUCCGCUCAACACGCACGCCGCAGGCGCAGUGAGGCCUACAAGCGCCGCCAGCGCCCCUUUCCGGAGGCCACUGAAGCUCUGCGCGCUGCGCAAACCCGCUGCGCAGCCCGCUUACGCCGAGGAGCCGCUGUACCCGCCGCUUUCCUACCAUAAGAACGCGGAAACGGAAGCAGCACCUCGACUCGCGAUGCGACAGAUCGCCCAGAUCCACGGCGAAGUCGCGGAUGACGUCAUUCCCGUGGUCGAGAGCUCGCGGGACAACGUCGGUGCCAAAUUUGGGACCGGAUUUGCCAUGUACGACACCUGGAAGCAGAGCAUUAUCCUCAGGAAUUCGGACGACAUCGUCACUGGCGAGUACUCAGAGAAUAUCAAUCACGUUAUCGCCUCACCGCUAGCAGAUAGCGAGCCUGCGGCUUCCGGACAAUCUUUUGGUCAAGGCUUCGCCGACGAGGAGUACGACUUCAUUGUCGUCGGCGCUGGCUCUGCCGGCUGUGUCGUUGCUAACAGGCUGUCCGAAAACAAGCACUGGAAGGUUCUGUUGUUGGAGGCUGGUAUAGAUGAGCCUGAAGUUGCCGACGUGCCGGCAUUUGCGUCGAUGUUACAAGCGAGUAAUAUCGACUGGAUGUACCGUACUCAGCCGGAAAAACAUUCCUGUCGAGCAAGAAGAGGCAAGACUUGUCCGUGGGCUCGAGGCAAAGUCAUGGGAGGAUCGAGCACAAUCAAUUAUAUGAUCUACAUUCGAGGAAUGCGAAGCGACUAUGAUGAGUGGGAAGCUGAAGGCAAUCACGGUUGGGGCUACAAACACGUUCUUCCUUAUUUUCUGAAGUCGGAAAACAAUGAAGAUCCAGAGAUCGUUCACAAAAACCCGAAAUACCACAGCAAGGGUGGCUACCAAAACGUCGAGAGGUUCCCGUACGCAGACAAGAACGUGGGGAUUUUGCUUGACGCGUGGCAGGAAUUGGGCUACAAGAAAAUCGACGCGAACGCGAACCAGCAGAUAGGAGUGAUGAAGCUGCAAAUGACGUCGAUCCACGGCCGGCGGCAGAGCACAAACGGAGCGUUCAUCCGACCAGUGCGUUACAAGCGACGUAAUUUGGAGGUUAGGACGCAGGCUCACGUGACGCGGAUCGUGAUCGACGCGAAAACGAAGCGCGCUACGGGGGUCGAGUACAGCUCGACGAAUACGGGAUUCCGGAAGGUGGUGCUGGCCAGAAAAGAGGUGAUCCUGAGCGCGGGGGCGAUAAACUCGCCGAAGAUCCUGAUGCUCUCUGGCGUGGGGCCGAAAGAGGAGCUGUCGAAGCACGGGAUCAAGUUGAUCAAAGAUCUGGCCGUGGGCCGGAACCUGCAGGAUCACGUGACGAUGAACGGCAUAGUGAUCGCUCUGAGCAACAAGACGCGUACCGACAAGCAGGAGAACGAGGUGAAACACGACGUCUUCUACUACAAGCAGGCCCAGAUGGGUCCGCUGUCGGCAACGGGGGCGCUGCAGUGCGGCGUCUUCGCGCAGACGCUGUACGAACACGGCUACGACAAGCCGGACAUCCAGUAUGCCUUCGACGCGAGCAACGUCAAGGACUACCUGGCGGAUCCAGGUGGCUUCGAGGAAACCGCGGUGACGCCGUUGUCCUACUAUGACGCCAUCAACAUCCGGCCGAUCCUGCUCAGCCCGAAAAGCCGCGGCGUGAUCAGACUCAACGAUACCGAUCCUCUAUGGGGACAACCGCUGAUAUUCCCAAAAUACUUCACGGCCUAUCCCGACCUCGAGAGCAUGGUCGCUGGGAUCCGCAUAGCACUGGAUCUCUUCGCCACUUCCGCGUUCGAAAAGCACGGCAUGGAGCUAGUCGACGCUCCGCUUCCCAAUUGCGAGAAGUGGAAGUUCAACACCGAGGAGUAUUGGGAGUGCGUGCUUAUGGAGUACACUGGUACCAUUUACCACCCUGUUGGCACGUGCAAAAUGGGACCGCACACCGACGAGAAAGCCGUCGUCGAUCCCGAGCUCAAGGUUCACGGCAUCAAGGGGCUGCGAGUUAUUGACGCUUCCAUCAUGCCCAAGAUCGUUAGGGGCAACACCAAUGCUCCGACUAUCAUGAUCGCCGAGAAAGGAAGCGACAUGAUCAAGGAAGACUGGCACCAUCAUCAUCAUCAAUGAUUGAUAUUCAAAUCGUACAGACUCAAGUGCAGUUCAUCUGUUGGAAUUGCAUGGUACUGCAACCACGAUCGAAGAUUAAAAAACUUGUUAUAUAUGAAUAGACCGAAGUGUCUGAAUUGAAAGAUGGGUAAAGUGAAAAAAUCGCUUGACAAAUCUUCAGCAAUUAUGUUGUGUGCGCUGAUGAUGGUGAACAUGAAUGUAAUAGCGUCCCUGUUAUCUAAUAACAAUGAUUCGAAGCAAAUUUGAUUUUACAAUUUGAAUGUUCAAAGUGAUUAAACGCUGAUAUUUUUUAUCCGAUUCUAAUGCUUUAGACUAAUUUUACCCAUUGCUCAGAUUCGGACAGUACAGUUUUACAAACAUGCAAAUAAUCUUACGUUAUAAUGUAAAAAAUAUUUUUCCAGGAGAUAUUUGGAGACCUGUACGAUGAACAAAAUAAUCCCAAAAACAUUAGAAUCGUGCCAAGAAACACCAGAGUUUAAACAUUCACACCUUUUCUUAAAUUACUCAUAUCUCAGCUUGUGUUAUUCCGAUUUGUUCCGAUUAAUUUCGCAUUAUAUAUGGAAGGGGAUAUUGUUUCGUUUGUGUUCACCGUCACCGGCACAAAUGACACUGCUGGAGAUUUUUUAAACUGUUCUUACUAUGUUCCUAUAUUUUGAUUGAGUCAGUGCGGUCAAUUUCUUCCUCAACUUCCGACGAACCGGUUACAAUCAUUCUCAAAGCUAAACGCUGUAUCUCAAUGUUGACUAUUUUAUUACGUUGUAUAUUAUCAAUCACCAUUUGUUAUUCAUUUUAUGGUUGUAGAUGGGAAGACGAGCUGCUGUUUUCACUCUCUUUACAACAAUAAAGUACUAGUUGUUAAAGCGUUCUUUUCUCUUCUCUCUGUCGUUUCACUUUCUUAAUCAUGUUAUAUCAACGAGGUUGAAGUUUGCGAACAUUUGAAAGAACUGGCGAUAUUCUACAAUUUGUCAAUGGUGCAGAAGGAUGCAUUAAACGUGAAAAUUCUAAUAAAUAAUAAUGAACACACUCGGUUUGCUCCUAAAUUACGAUCAGUUAUUUUAAGUUUUUCUUUGGAAAACCCUACGAAAUUCAACCUUGUUCGUACCUACCAAUACAUUGUUUCCGGCAGACGAGAAGUGUGUCCGGUUCCACCAUCGUGGCCAUGACAUAAGAUUGCGUCAUUUGAAAAAUACUCACGUAUUGCCUUGUCGAUAGUCACAUAUGUGAACGAGGAGGUAGAAAGUUCCGAACAAUAUUUAUCUAUCACAAAACGUUUCUGCUUUCUUAUGCAGUACUAAUAAACUGGCUUUUAAAAAUUAUGUAAGAUUCGGGCAUCGUUCAUGCUAAUCGCGGGUUUGGUUCGUACGAGGUUUCUAACGAGUCACCAAUC